AUGCCGAGUUGGCUUUCGCUCCGAGGGAAAGCCAAAAGGCCGAAGAGUGACACACCAGCGGCCACAAUAACCGCAGGCAGCUGCUCAAUAUCCACUUCACAAUCGGGAAAGGUCUUUCCGUCAGGCCUCAAACUACUCCAUCAACCGGACGCUGCUGUGGUGGACAUUGUCUUUAUCCACGGCCUUACUGGUGAUCGGGAGAAGACAUGGUCCGGCAAAAGCGCCGUGACUCCAUGGCCCAAGAUUUUACUGCCAAAAGAGCUCCCUCAAGCUCGAAUUCUGACGUUUGGAUAUGAUGCCUACAUUGCGGAUUGGCGAGCCAUGGUCUCGAAGAACAGGAUCAGUAACCACUCCAAGAAUCUCCUGGCCGCUUUGGCAACUCACCGCGAGAAUGAUGAUACUGUAGUUCCGAUGCACUCCGCUAUCCUACCCGCCUAUGUCUCAAUCGGAAUCCACAGCAAUCACAUGGGUAUGACCAAAUUUGAGACUGAAGAUGACCCGGGUUUCAUUAGUGUUACAGGGGAGCUUCGGAGAUGGGUGAAGGAGCUAAUAUCAAUGCCUGUAACUACAAGUAGAACAUCUCAAGUACCUUUCAUGGUUUCGUUCGACAGAGAUCUUCAGUUUAUCGGCCGCGAUGAUAUCAUCGGGAAUAUUGACCAGAGACUGGAGACUAAACGACGAAUUCCACUUGCUGGUAUCGGCGGCGUUGGAAAAUCUCAAAUAGCCAUUGAGUACUGCUACAGAUUUAGAGCCCAAAAUCCUAGUGGCAGUGUAUUCUGGGUGCAUGCCAACAAUGCGUCGAGAUUUCAGAAUGCAUACAAAAAUAUUGCUAGCAAACUUGGCUUACCUGGCUGGGACGAUCCCAAAACCAACUCCCUCAAGCUUGUCUCUGAGUGGCUAAGCGACGAAGACCACGGCCCUUGGUUAAUGAUAUUGGAUAAUGCUGAUGAUAGCGAGACGUUUUUCGGCACCAGAUCAGAUGGUUUGUCGCUUGAAGCCGAACACCCAGCACCCUUGGUCAGCUAUCUCCCGAGAAACUCAAAAGGUUCUAUCAUCAUCACGACAAGGGACGCACGUGUUGGCGAGAGGUUAUCAGAAAGAGAAAAAUCAAUUACGGUAUUGCCGCUGGUGGUGCAAGAAGCAGAACACUUGUUGCGAUCCAAAUUGCAACAAGAUGCUGAGUGGAGUGAACCGGAUGCAGCUGAGCUCCUUAAGUUGUUAGGAUGUCUGCCUCUGGCAAUUACGCAAGCAGCUGCCUUCAUCAGCGAGAACAUGAUUACGGUGGCAAAGUAUACUGACAUACUACAAGCCAGCGACUCUGAGCUGACAGAUCUCUUGAGUGAAGACCUACAAGAUCCCCGAAGAGAUCUUGAUGCUCCGAGCUCCGUCAUACGAACCUUCAAACUGUCUUUUGACCAGAUACAGAGGCAAAAACCGCGGGCAGCUCAAAUGCUUUCCCUCAUGGCGGUUCUGGAUCGACAAGGAAUUCCAGAGGAAUUUCUACACAGAGAAGAUGAACGAAGUACUGAAUUCAUUACUGCCCUCGGAACACUACAAGCUUUCUCUUUGAUCACAGCUGAGACGGGGGGGAAGACCUUUACGAUGCACCGACUUGUGCAUCUAUCCAUUCAACAUUGGCUUGAGCUGCAGAACACAAAAGCAGAAUAUCAGGACGAGGCUGUGAAAAUGCUGUCAGAAUUGUUUCCAAGCGGGAAACAUGAAAAUUGGAAAAUAUGUGAAGCCCUCUCCCCACACGCUCGAGUUGUGUUGGGGUACAAUUACACAUCUCAGUCUAGCAUGCUGCAUCGCGCAACUCUUCUGUACAACGCAGCUUGGUAUGAUUGGGAACAGGGACGAUACAAUGUUGCAUACAAAGGUGGUUUAGAGUCUUAUAACAUACGUCAAAGGUUGCUGGGCGAGAAUACCUGUAAAUCAUUAGAUAGCUUAGCACUAAUGGCUUUGGUGCUAUGGGAGCAGGGCAAAUAUGAGGCGGCAGAGGAGAUGAGUCGACAAGCACUGGACGGGUAUGAGAAGGUGUUAGGGAAAGAACACCCUGAUACGCUAAUGAGCAUUAAUAAUCUAGCAUUAGUGUUAAAUGGUCAGGGCAAAUAUGAGGCGGCAGAGAAGAUGCAUCAACGAGCACUAGACGGGUAUGAGAAGGUGUUAGGGAAAGAACAUCCUGACACGUUAAUGAGCGUUCAUAAUAUGGCUUCAGCGUUAAGUGGUCAGGGCAAAUAUGAGGCGGCAGAGAAGAUGUAUCAACAAGCACUGGACGGGUAUGAGAAGGUGUUAGGGAAGGAACACCCUGAUACGCUGAUGAGCGUUCUUAAUCUGGCAUCAGCGUUAAGAGGUCAGGGCAAAUAUGAGGCGGCAGAGGAGAUGAGUCGACAAGCACUGGACGAGUAUGAGAAGGUGUUAGGGAAAGAACAUCCUGACACGUUAAUGAGCGUUAAUAAUCUGGCAUCAGCGUUAAGUGGUCAGGGCAAAUAUGAGGCGGCAGAGAAGAUGUAUCAACAAGCACUGGACGGGUAUGAGAAGGUGUUAGGGAAGGAACACCCUGAUACGCUGAUGAGCGUUCAUAAUAUGGCUUCAGUGUUAAGAGAUCAGGGCAAAUAUGAGGCGGCAGAGGAGAUGAAUCAACGAGCACUGGACGGAAGGGAGAAGGUGCUAGGGAAGGAGCACCCUGGCACAUUGAGGAGUGUGUAUUCCCUUGCUUAUUUGCUCCAAGCCCAAAGGCGGUAUGACGAGUCAUCCAUCCUCUAUCAGAGGGCCUGUGCAGGCUUUAAGAAAGUGCUUGGCUUUGACCAUCCCACCACUGUCGAAUGCUCAGGAAAUUAUAACUUCAUGUUUCAGGAAAUGAAGCGACAGAGCCAAGCAAACUGA